CCUGCCCCGUACAAGACAGUCUCGGCACGCGCGGCUGCCCCUUCCACCAUCCUCCGACUGCCGGCUGAUGCUCUGCAAGGCGUGUUUGAGAAGUACCCCGAGACCCUCGUGCGGGUGGUGCAGAUCAUCAUGGUGCGGCUGCAGCGAGUGACUUUCAUGGCUCUGCACAACCACCUGGGCCUGACCACAGAGCUGUUCAACCCCGAGAGCCAGGCCAUCCCCCUCGUGUCUGUGGCCAGCGUGGCAAAGAGGCAGAUGUCCGGGGGCCUGGACGAGCGGCCCGAGAAGCCUCUGCGGCCCCAGGAGGCCUCUGACCCAGGUACUGCCCCAGGGCCCUGGGGGCUGGGCGACCUCCAGCCCUAUGGCUCCGGGCCCCUGCUGCGGAGGAGCCUGUCUGUCCCACUGCCGUCUGCCUACGAGGGGCUUGAGGUCCCGGUCCCAGACAAGCUCCGGAAGGCCCAGGCUAGUGGCCCUGGCCCUGCGGCCCCACCAGGCAGCGCAGUGGGGGCCUACUUGGACCUGCAGGCGGCCUGUGACCGUGCCCGGGCAUUCUCACAAGCGGAUGAGCACGUUGGGAGCUCUGUGGCCGGCAAGUCCAAGAAAAGUGUGAUGGUGUCUGAGACCCCAUCUGCGGUCUUCCACUACUCAGAGAGCCACUCAGAUGAGGCUGUGGCCAGCAGGAAGAUGGACACCAUCUUCAGAGCUGCCAAGAAGGACCUGCUUACGCUGAUGAAGCUGGAUGAUCCCUCCCUGUUGGACGGCCGGGUGACGCUUCUCCACGUACCAGCAGGCACUGUAGUGUCGAGACAGGGGGACCAGGACGUCAGCAUCCUCUUCGUGGUCUCAGGGCUGCUGCACGUGUACCAGCGUGAGAUCGACAGCAAGGAGGACACCUGCUUGUUCCUCACGCACCCUGGGGAGAUGGUGGGCCAGCUGGCUGUGCUCACAGGCGAGCCCCUCAUCUUCACCAUCAAGGCCAACAGGGACUGCUGCUUCCUCUCCAUUUCCAAGGCACACUUCUAUGAGAUCAUGCGGAAGCAGCCGACCGUCGUCUUGGGCGUGGCACACACCGUUGCAAAGCGCAUGUCCUCCUUCGUGAGGCAGAUCGAUUUCGCACUGGACUGGAUGGAGGUGGAGGCCGGGCGUGCAAUCUACAGGCAAGCAGAUAAGUCGGACUGCACCUACAUCGUCCUCAGCGGCAGGUUGCGCUCAGUUAUCCAGAAGGAGGAUGGGAAGAAACGCCUGGCAUGCGAGUAUGGCCGUGGAGAUCUCAUUGGUGUGGUGGAGACGCUGACUCAACAGGCCAGGGCCACCACGGUACAUGCUGUGCGGGACUCAGAGCUGGCCAAGCUGCCCGUGGGAGCCCUGAUGUCCAUCAAGCGCAAGUACCCCCAGGUGGUGACUCGGCUGAUCCACCUCUUGGGAGAGAAGAUCCUGGGCAACCUCCAGCAGGGAACUGGAGCAGGUCACCAGCACGGGCUCACCAUGGCAGGCAGCCAGUGGGACAUGGGGAACCCAGCCAGCAACCUCGCCACGGUGGCCAUCAUGCCGGUGUCGGAGGACGUGCCGCUGCCCGCCUUUGCCCUGGAGCUCCAGCGUGCCCUGCACGCCAUCGGCCCCGCCCUGCUGCUGACCAGUGACAACAUAAAACAGCGCCUCGGCUCUGCCGCUCUGGACAGUGUCCACGAGUACCGGCUGUCCAGCUGGCUGGGGCAGCAGGAGGACAUCCACCGGAUCGUCCUCUACCAAGCAGACAGCACUCUGACGCCCUGGACGCAGCGCUGCAUCCGGCAGGCCGACUGCAUCCUCAUCGUGGGCCUGGGCGAGCAGGAGCCCACGGUGGGCCAGCUGGAGCAGAUGCUGGAGAACACGGCCGUCCGCGCCCAGAAGCAGCUGAUCCUACUGCACCGGGAGGAGGGUCCCGAGCCGGCCCGCACGGUGGAGUGGCUCAACAUGCGUAGUUGGUGCUCCGGCCACCUGCACCUGUGCUGCCCGCGGCGCGUCUUCUCCCGGAGGAGCAUGCCCAAGCUGGUGGAGAUGUACGAGCGCGUCUUCCAGAGGCCACCCGACCGGCACUCAGACUUUUCCCGCCUGGCGCGCGUGUUGACCGGCAAUGCCAUCGCCUUGGUGCUCGGGGGAGGGGGUGCAAGGGGCUGCUCCCAGGUCGGCAUCAUCCGGGCCCUGGCCGAGUUUGGCAUCCCUGUAGACAUGGUUGGAGGAACAUCCAUUGGGGCUUUCAUGGGGGCCCUGUACUCUGAGGAACGAAACUACAGCCGGAUGCGCAUCCGGGCCAGGCAGUGGGCUGAGGACAUGACGUCCGUGGUGAACAUGGUGCUGGACCUGACCUACCCCAUCACCUCCAUGUUCUCGGGUGCCGGCUUCAACAGCAGCAUCUGCAGGGUCUUCAAGGACCGGCAGAUAGAGGACCUGUGGCUGCCCUACUUCACCAUCACCACAGACAUCACAGCCUCAGCCAUGCGCGUCCACAGGGACGGCUCCCUGUGGAGGUACGUGCGUGCCAGCAUGUCCCUGUCCGGCUAUAUGCCCCCACUCUGUGACCCCAAAGAUGGACACCUGCUGAUGGAUGGGGGCUACAUCAACAACCUCCCAGCAGACGUGGCCAGGUCCAUGGGGGCGAAGGUGGUGAUUGCGGUUGAUGUGGGCAGCCAGGACGAGACAGACCUGACCAACUAUGGCGACGCCCUGUCAGGGUGGUGGCUGCUCUGGAAGCGCUGGAACCCCUUGGCCACAAAAGUCAAGGUGCUGAACAUGGCAGAGAUCCAGACACGCCUGGCCUACGUGUGCUGCGUCCGGCAGCUGGAGACAGUGAGAAGCAGUGACUACUGUGAGUACCUGCGCCCCCCCAUCGACAGCUACGGCACGCUGGACUUUGGCAAGUUCGACGAGAUCUGCGAAGUGGGAUACCAGCAUGGACGGACGGUGUUUGACAUCUGGGUUCGAAGUGGUGUGCUGGACAAGAUGCUGAAGGACCGGCAGGAGACAAAGACGAAAGCCUGUGAUGUUCUCACCUGCCCAAACGCCUCCUUCACGGACCUCGCAGAGAUUGUGUCAAGGAUUGAGCCUGCCAAGGCAGCCACGGUGGACGAUGAGUCUGACUACCAGACCGAGUACGAGGAGGAGCUGCUGGGCGUCCCCAGGGACACGUUCACAGACUUCCAGGGCACCCCGGUCCAGGAGGACUCGGACUCGGAGUACGAGCCCUCACUCCGGCAGCGCCUGCACCCUGGUCUGGCUUCCCCGGCGUCCUCACGGGACCUCUCCCCACCCUCAUUCUCCGACCAAGAUGGGUAGAGGCAGUGCUCCGGAUGCCGGCCUCUGUCCACGGCUGCAGAGCCCCUCAGCAGCCUGGGAGCGUCCAGACUUUUGGCACUGGGCCGUGUCUCGGGGGGUUCCGCCAGGCCCUGCUCCUCUGCAGCCUGGGGCGUCCUGAGCCCUCCAGACCUCCGUGAGGUCUUGGAGCCAUGAAACUUCGGCCCAGCACAUUAAAGAGCUAG